AUGAGUUCACCCCCUUCAACGUUGCUACCUCCAUCGGGUCCCAUGACGGUCGAAUCGGUAAAAGAGUUGCCUCGAGCUCGUCAAAUUGUUAAAAUUAAUGAAGAAGAUACGAAUUUUACAUUGGACGAAGAAGCGCUACGUCAUAUUUUCCAUCAGGUCCCAGAAGAUAUGAAAGUUGCUAUUUUUUCUGUCGUGGGCGCAUUUCGCACGGGUAAAAGCUUUAUUCUUGACUUAUUUUUACGCUAUUUGCGACAUGCGAGUCAUGGUCCUAUGCUCAAACGUGAUGGAGCACAAGAUGAAAGUACAGAAGUAUGGAAAGCCUGGGUGAUGGAAGGUGUAACGGGUAGUGGAGAAGAGAAACUUGAAGGUAACUCGAAUGUAAAGCAGACACAUGGAGAAAAAGGGUUUUCAUGGAGAGCAGGAAGAAAACGUAAUACUACUGGUAUUUGGAUGUGGGAGACACCGUUUAUUCGCAAGUGUCAUACGGGUGAAGACAUUGCCGUAUUUCUCAUUGAUACACAGGGUAUGUUUGACUCGGAAACGUCACAAAUGCUUACAGCGAGUAUCUUUGGACUCAGUACAUUGCUAAGCUCGUAUCAGAUCUAUAAUGUGGACAAGAGAGUGCAGGAAGAUAAUUUACAACAUCUUGCACUCUUUACAGAAUAUGGACGGAUGGCAUUGUUUAGAGAUGAGUCGUCGUCACAGUUGGUUCCAAACAAGCAGCAGAUUUUGCAGCAUGCCGCGUCGACGGCUUCAACGGCAAUGUCAGAGUCUUCGCAUGAUAUGGAAAAGAGGACGAUUUCAAUGAGUGAAAAGGAUGACGACGAGGAAAAGAACGAUGGCGAUGAUGAUGACCAAGUGCCAAAGCACCCCCGCCCGUUCCACCGUCUCGACUUCUUGGUGCGUGAUUGGCAGGACUUUUCACGGAACCAGACGUUGGCUGAAAAACGCGAGGAUAUGGAGCAGUAUAUGAUAGAGUUAUUGUCGUGUCGCAAGCAAAAGGAUCUGGCAGACACGCGCGAACAGAUCAACUCGUGUUUUGAGAAGGUGUCGUGCUUCUUGCUGCCUCACCCUGGCCACGCGGUUACGGAACGUGAGUAUGAUGGGUCGGUAGAGGCUAUUGACAAUCGGUUUUUAGAGCUGCUGACAGCUUACCUUGAUGAUCUCUUCGCCCCUGUAAAUCUGUAUCCGAAAAAAAUCCAUGGAGUCACGGUUAACUCACGUGAGCUCUUUACGUAUAUUAAGAUGUACGCAGGACUCUUUCGCGAGGCGUCAAUUUUUCCAGAGGCUAAGACGCUGCUGGAGGCUACUGCUGAGGCCAACAAUGUGAAUCAGCGUGACAAAGCGUUGCUUAUGUACAAACGUGAAAUGGAAAAAAUUGCAGGAUCAAAAUGCCAAUACGUUCCAGUGCAGGAGCUGGAAAGGCACCAUAAAACAUGUUUGGAAGGUGCCAUGGCUGUGUUCGAUGACGGAGCACGUAUGGGCCGCCGCAGCGAGAUUAUGCGCUACCGCCACGCAGUGGCAGAACAGAUCGAGAAGGAGCGUCACCGUUUCUUGGAGAUCAACGCCGAGCGCGAUCCGUACAAAAAUUUGGAGUUUUACCUGAUUCCUGGUUGUCUAGCGCUGGCGCUGCUCGUGUUCCGCAUAUCACAGGAUCUCCUGUGCUAUGAGCACAUCGGCUACGAUAUUCCACUCUAUGACUGCAAGCAAGUGAGCCACACGCUAUCGCAUCUGUAUUGGGCGCUGAUCGUGUUCAUGCUGCUGAUUAUGAUGUCCACUGGACAAGUAAUGUUCAAGCGCGUGAAGACUGUGAUUUCCAUUGUCAAAACUGCCAUCGACGCCACCAAGGACGACAGCAAAGUGAAGAAGGACUAG